CGUUCUAGCUUCGCCUUCCUUCUUCUUCGUUCGUCGUCGUCACCUCACCACGCUCCGCUAAUAUUUUAUACUAAAUCAAUCAUGUCCGAAUCCGGCUUUUUCUUGUCCAAACAAUUAAAAGUUUAUGUAUAGUUUAAUUAAUAAGAUUAAAUUUUGUCCCUUUCGAGAUUCUAUUGUUUUAACUUCCAUAGAAACUGCAUCUCCAUUUUCAUUUGAGUUUUCCUGAGAUCUUUUAGAGCGGAGCUGAAUCUGGGUAAUUUUGAAUCUCAUUUUGUGACUUCAUUGCAAUUUCUGAUAAGCCCUUUGCUUUUGUUUCUCUCUUAAAUGAUCUGUGUCUCUGGUACAUAACACGAUUUCACCUUGAGAUGUUCGAUAAUGGUGAUUCUGGUCCAGGCUUUGGUUUUCUUCCGAUAGGAGUACAUGUGAUAACUAGCGGGUUUUAGAUUGCUGGAUGGAUUUCGCAUUAUUUUCAUCUAUGCAAAGAAAUGAGUUCGAUUUCACAGUGCUAGUCAUGCUUCUUUAUAUGUUUUGGUUGCAGCUAAAUUUUCACUCUUAUAUUCUCUGUUUUGCUGGAUAAAGUGGGGUUCGAUUCACAUUGUAAUAAGAAUAGUAAGUUUGGAUUGUAGAAGUAAAUUGCAGGAGAAUCUUUGAUCGCUACGUGUAAAAACUCUUAUGUUCACAAUGAUUGUAUGAUAUAAAAACUUUGUGAAUUGAGAGCCAUGGAAAUCUAGUUGAAGGGUUCUGAAAAAUCAGGUUUUUUCCCUAAUAAGAUGGUAAUUGUCAUAGGGAUGGGUUCUAAGUCCGUGGUUGACAUGAUACAAGCCUCCUCAGGGGUUCAUUUUUCUGGUUUCCAUGUGAACGGGCAAGUGAAUGGGUUGGAACCAAGAGCAGUUAAGGAAACCACUUCUGCAUCAGAAGAGAUCCAAAGACAGCCUUUCGUAAUAGGUGUUGCUGGAGGCGCAGCAUCGGGAAAGACUACUGUUUGUGAUAUGAUUAUCCAGCAACUGCAUGAUCAGCGUGUUGUACUUGUUAACCAGGACUCAUUCUAUCAUAGUUUGACUGAAGAAGAACUUGCUAGAGUUCAUGAAUACAACUUUGACCAUCCGGACGCAUUUGACACAGAGCAUUUGUUGUCUUGUAUGGAGAAAUUGAGGCAAGGGGAAGCUGUAGAUAUUCCAAAAUACGAUUUCAAAACUUACAAAAGCAGUGUUUUCAGAAGGGUAAAUCCUACGGAUGUAAUAAUUCUUGAAGGGAUACUUUUAUUCCAUGAUCCACGCGUCCGAAAAUUGAUGAACAUGAAGAUUUUUGUCUGUACAGAUGCUGACGUUCGUCUGGCAAGAAGGAUAAGAAGAGAUACUGUCGAGAAUGGUAGAGAUAUCGGCACAGUACUUGACCAGUACUCAAAGUUUGUGAAGCCUGCUUUUGAUGACUUCAUUCUUCCGACGAAGAAAUAUGCAGAUAUUAUAAUCCCUCGUGGUGGGGAUAACCAUGUAGCUAUUGACUUAAUUGUGCAACAUAUUUGCACCAAGCUGGGUCAACAUGAUCUAUGUAAAAUAUAUCCUAAUCUCUAUGUUAUACAGUCAACAUUUCAGAUAAGAGGGAUGCACACCCUUAUACGUGAUUCUCAGACAACCAAACAUGAUUUUGUCUUUUAUUCUGAUCGAUUGAUUCGGCUGGUCGUAGAACAUGGUCUUGGACAUCUUCCUUUUACUGAAAAGCAAGUGACUACUCCAACCGGAUGUGUAUAUUCUGGUGUGGAUUUCUGUAAACGGUUGUGUGGUGUCUCUGUGAUUAGGAGCGGUGAGAGCAUGGAGAAUGCACUGCGAGCAUGUUGCAAAGGUAUCAAGAUCGGGAAGAUCCUAAUUCACAGAGAAGGCGACAAUGGUCAACAGCUCAUCUAUGAGAAACUGCCAAAUGAUAUCUCGGAGAGGCACGUCCUAUUGUUGGAUCCUAUUCUCGGCACAGGAAAUUCCGCAGUUCAAGCUAUCAAUCUCCUUAUAAGCAAGGGUGUACCCGAGGGAAACAUAGUAUUUCUAAACCUUAUCUCGGCACCUCAAGGUGUUCAUGUGGUCUGCAGAAGAUUUCCAAGAAUGAAGAUAGUGACAUCUGAAAUCGAAAAUGGAUUAAACGAAGAGUUUCGUGUUAUUCCUGGAAUGGGCGAGUUUGGGGACCGAUAUUUUGGCACAGACGACGACUAGGACACUGUGGUCCUACAGCAUUAGUUGUCCCUUCCAUGGCCUGCAGUGCAGUUUAUCUAUGCAUUCAACAUCCUAUCCGCUACAACCGCUACACAAACUAUCGAAUGAAUUCCCUUUAACUAUGUUUAUUUCCAUUUAAUCCCCCUCAAGUUCUUCUUGGGAACAGUUUUGAUUCACUUAUGAAUUCCCAAGUGAGGGGUUGAUCGAACUCGGGACUGGGUACUCUGCAACUCCUGUGUAUCAUAACCAUAUAUAAUUAUCCUUGGAACUACUCCAUCUGCAACUCCUAUGUACCAUGGCAUGUAUAAAUAUCCUUGGAACUCUUGGCUUCAACGUCCAAAAAUAUCUCU